UCUUAGCCGUUGCUGCUGCUAGCAACAUGAGUCUGUUUGGAACCCAAAAAUUGUUCGGUGGAACACAAUCUUCUCCAUUCGGCUCAACCCCCUCGACUUCCACAGCACAACCCGGUUUCGGUUUUUCCACUGGCUCAGCUGCUCCUACUUCACUCGGUACGUUUACUUUUGGAACCAGUUCGGCUGCUGGAACGUCGGGGUUAUUUCAGCCAGCUGUCCAGAAAACCACUGCGUCUACGAAUCUGUUUGGCCUAGGAACUGGGACGAGUCCGUUCUCUACUUUCGGUGCUAAUGUCUCGAAACCAGCAACAUCACUGUUCAGCUUCUCUGCCCCGUCAACCCAACAAGCGACCGGGUUCUUUGGUCCGCAGUCCUCCCUCGGAUCAACGCUCAAACCCAUCCAGCCUGUCACCGGAUCGCUUUUUCAAACACCAGGAGUUUUGGGAGGAAACUUGGCUCUUCAGCCACAGCAACAACAACAACAGCAGCAGCAACAACAGCAAAACAGUCUUGAUGCUUUCUUUGCCUCACUUUGCCAACCGCUUCUGUUUGGAGACGAACGAGACGCCAUCAUUGCACGUUGGAACCAACUCCAAGCCAUGUGGGGGACGGGAACUGGUUACAGUGCCCACGGAAUAGCCACCUACACACCUGAUAAUACGUUCGCCCGAUUUAAAGCAGUUGUGUACAAUGCAUUGCCGACAAGCACUGAUGCUGAUGGGCUUGUAUGUAUCUACUUAGCCCGGUCGUUCUCCGAAGUUUUGCCGCAACGGCAGGCACUUCAAGAUACACUGUUCCGUCUUCUCGGUGGCCGUCCGAACUUACAGCUCACAGUCGAAGAGAUUCGGCCGUGUGUGGAUCAGGAGAACCACACUGAAGUCAUAUUGAAGGUGAUCGAGAGACAACCAGCAGGGCAUAUUACAAAUAUUGGAGCCAGUGACCUCGAACGGUAUUUGUCAAGUCCCACCGUUGCUCCCCAACUACAGUCGCAAUUGUGCGCAUACAAACUCACAUCGGAGGUUCGCCCUUCCCCCGCGCAGCUGGCGGCGUAUAAAGAAAACCCGCCGGCUGGUAUUGACCGCCUAAUUUGGCAUCAGGCGUGCAUCGACAAUCCAUUCCCGGAUCGCACCAUUCCAGUCCCCCUAAUUGGGUUUACUGAUUUGCGUCGCCGUAAACUAGAUCAAAUUGCAUUCAGUCGACAGCAGAGUAGCGUAUUGAAGCAAAUUGGUGACCUGGUUGAAGAGCUGAAAACAGGGCAGCUUACUCUCCACCAGAAAAUUGCUCAACUGAAACGAAAGCAGAUCGAAAUCAGUCAUCGUGUGCUCAAGGUGCUUCGACGCCAAGAAGUUCACCGUCGUGCUGGAUUUGCAAUCAGUGCUGAUGAGGAAACUCUUCGGUGCGGUCUGGAACGUAUUUGGACGGAGCUUACUUCGCCGCGUGGCCUUCGUGUUCGCUUCCAAGAAGUUUCGGCUUCUGUGAAGACGAAUUCCGAGAACACAGGCAAUUCGGAUAAGGAGAAUUUUGCCAGUGGAGACCGUGCUGCAGCAUUGUCAUCUUGUGGGAUCGACGAACAACUCAACUGGAAUUUGGAUGCCGAUUCAUGGGCGGAGCUAAAAGAGUAUUUGUUCCAGCGCCAGUCGGGGAUUCGGGAGCUUCAGCAUUUACUGACAGAAAUGUCGGCCACCGUAAAGAUUAUGGAAGAGAACCCAGCACUCACAAAACCCCCAGGAUCCGCAUUACCUUUGUUGCUCCGAUCCACCCCAAACAAAGUCUCUUUUGCUCUUAAUACACGUGCUCGUUGACCGACUGUUGGACUGUUAGAUAUUUUUCACCAAAACGCAUGUCUUUUAUCGGCCUGUUUGUACAAAAGAUGGUAUUUCCACACACUUGUAAUGUUCUCUUAUUUUGCAGUAGAUGUGUUGGAGUUUCAUGUUCAGUUGGCGAGCUUGUGCAACCAGGCACAUGUUCUGUCAUGAGUCGCGUUCUACUGUUAGAUCACGUGAUAUCUC